AUGGCAGACAAUGUGGAUACAGUCUGUGAGUGUAUGGAUGCACUGUCACUGAAGAGGCUGUCUGCUGAGGAAGAGUUCCCUGAUCUCAGUCAACACAACAACCACAUGGCCAAGGUGUUAACACUAGACAUGUACAAAAACCUGAGAGAGCGGGCCACACCUAAUGGUUUCACUAUCGACAAAGUUAUUCAGACGGGGGUUGAUAAUCCUGGUCACCCCUUCAUCAUGACUGUGGGUUGCGUCGCUGGUGAUGAGGAGACCUACGAAGUCUUUAAGGAGCUGCUGGACCCCAUCAUUGAAGACAGACAUGGAGGAUACAAGCCCUCGGACAAACACAAGACCGAUCUGAACCCUGACAACUUGAAGGGUGGUGAUGACCUUGACCCCAACUAUGUUCUGAGCUCCCGUGUACGAACAGGACGCAGCAUCUGUGCCUUCUCCCUGCCACCACACUGCACACGAGGUGAAAGGCGUGCUGUGGAGGCUCUCUCCAUUGAAGCUCUGGCAUCCCUGAGUGAAGACCUCAAAGGGAAAUACUAUGCCCUGAAGAACAUGACGGAGGCUGAGCAGCAGCAGCUCAUCGAUGACCACUUCUUGUUUGACAAGCCAGUGUCUCCUCUGCUGCUGGCCUCAGGAAUGGCUCGUGACUGGCCCGACGCCAGGGGCAUCUGGCACAAUGACAACAAGACGUUCCUGGUAUGGGUAAAUGAGGAGGACCACCUGCGUGUGAUCUCCAUGCAGACAGGAGGCAACAUGAAAGAGGUGUUCACUCGUUUCUGCACUGGACUCACCCAAAUCGAGAGCCUGUUCAAGGAAAAGGGUCAUUCUUUCAUGUGGAAUGAGCACCUGGGCUACAUCCUCACAUGCCCAUCUAACCUGGGCACUGGUCUGCGUGCAGGUGUGCAUGUGAAGCUGCCCAACAUGAGCAAACAUGCCGAUUUCGAGGAGGUUCUGAAGAGGUUGAGGCUCCAGAAACGUGGAACAGGUGGAGUGGACACAGAUGCUGUAGGCGGAGUGUUUGAUAUGUCUAACGCUGACAGACUGGGUUUCUCUGAGGUUGAGCUGGUGCAGAUGGUGGUCGACGGAAUCAAGCUGCUAAUUGAGAUGGAGAAGAAGCUGGAGGAGGGACAAUCCAUAGACGAGCUGAUGCCUGCUCAGAAGUAA